UUGCCCAGUCCCGCUAUGGAAGAACGCAACGGCUCUGCAGAGACUCCCCCGCCGAGCCAAGGGCGGCACAGCGCCGUUAAGUGCGGGUGGCUGCGGAAGCAAGGCGGCUUCGUCAAGACCUGGCACACACGCUGGUUUGUUCUCAAGGGUGACCAGCUUUACUAUUUCAAAGAUGAAGAUGAAGCCAAGCCCUUGGGUACCAUCUUUCUGCCUGGCAACAGAGUAAUUGAGCAUCCCUGCAAUGAAGAAAGUCCAGGAAAGUUCCUUUUUGAAGUUGUUCCAGGAGGAGACCGAGAGCGGAUGACAGCUAAUCAUGAGACGUACCUUCUUAUGGCGAGCACGCAGAAUGACAUGGAGGAUUGGGUGAAAUCCAUUCGCAGGGUUAUAUGGGCGCCGUUUGGAGGAGGUAUUUUUGGCCAGAAGCUGGAAGAUACUGUCCGAUAUGAAAAGCGAUACGGGAACCGCCUGGCUCCUAUGUUGGUGGAACAGUGCGUGGAUUUUAUCCGACAGCGGGGGCUGAAGGAAGAAGGCCUUUUUCGACUGCCUGGGCAGGCUAAUCUUGUCAAGGAGUUACAGGAUGCCUUUGACUGUGGAGAGAAGCCUUCUUUUGACAGCAAUACAGAUGUGCACACGGUGGCAUCGCUGCUUAAGCUGUACCUAAGGGAACUCCCAGAACCAGUCAUACCAUACGCAAAAUAUGAAGAUUUUCUUUCCUGUGCCAAAAUGCUCAGCAAGGAGGAAGAAACGGGCCUGAAAGAACUGGUGAAGCAAGUGAAGAGCCUGCCAGCUGUCAAUUAUAAUCUGCUGAAAUAUAUCUGUAGAUUCCUCGAUGAAGUCCAGUCUUAUUCAGGCAUAAACAAAAUGAGUGUGCAAAAUCUGGCUACCGUUUUUGGCCCCAACAUCCUUCGCCCCAAAGUGGAAGAUCCUCUGACUAUCAUGGAGGGUACGGUAGUAGUCCAGCAGCUAAUGUCAGUGAUGAUUAGCAAACAUGAAGAGCUCUUUCCCAAGGAUGCAGACCUUCAGAUGGGACCCGAGGUAUGCAACAACAACAAUGAAAUGCCAAAGAAAGCGAUUGCGGGGCAGCUGCAGAACAAAGAGAACAAUAACACCAAGGAGACUGCAGUGAGGCGCUGCUCGUGGGACAAACCUGAGUCUCCCCAAAGGGGAAGCAUGGACAAUGAGUCUCCGACUGCUCUGCCAGGCAGCAAGACAAAUAGCCCCAGGAACAGCAUCCAGAAACUAGACGUCACCAGAAGCCCACCACUCAUGGUGAAAAAAAAUCCCGCUUUUAAUAAAGGUAGUGGCAUAGUCACCAACGGGUCCUUCAGCAGCUCUGUGGAGGGCCCUGAGAAGAGCCAGACCUUACCAAACUGUGCCCUGCAAACCAGGAGAACGUCGUCCCUGAAAGGACCAGUGACUAAGAUGGGCACGCACAGCGUGCAGAACGGAGGUGUGCGGAUGGGUGUUUCUAGCACAGACGGGCACAGCAACACCCUCAACAGCCGCGCCCCGGGCUGGGUGCCCAAUGGCUACGUCACACUGAGGGACAACAAGCAGAAGGAAUCGGUGAGUGAGUCAGGCCAGCACAACAGGCUUUCCACCUACGACAAUGUCCACCAGCAGUUCUCUAUGGUGAACUCUGAUGACAAACAGAGUGUGGACAGUGCCACCUGGUCAACGUCUUCUUGUGAAAUAUCCCUCCCUGAGCACUCCAACUCCUGUCGUUCAUCCACCACCACCUGCCCUGAGCAGGACUUUUAUGCGGGUAACUUUGAAGACUCUGUGCUGGAUGGACCACCACAUGAAGACCUCUCGAACCCGGGUGACUAUGAGAACAAAAGUGACAGAAGGAGUGUGGGGGGCCACAGCAGCCGAGCCACCAGCAGCAGCGAUAACAGUGAAACGUUUGUGGCCAACAGUACUAACAAUCACAGUGCUUUGCACAGCCUGGUGUCCAGCUUGAAGCAAGAGAUGGCCAAGCAAAAACUAGAGUAUGAGACAAGGAUAAAAAGCUUGGAGCAGAGAAAUCUCACCCUAGAGACGGAAAUGAUGGCCCUGCACGAAGAACUGGAUCAAGAGCGUAAGAAGUUCACAAUGGUAGAAAUCAAAAUGCGUAAUGCAGAACGGGCCAAGGAAGAUGCAGAGAAGAGGAACGAUAUGUUGCAGAAGGAAAUGGAGCAGUUCUUCUCCACUUUUGGAGAACUGACGGUGGAGUCUCGCAGACCAGAAAGAGGCAACACCAUCUGGAUCCAGUGAGCAUGGGAAGCGUAGACCG